AUGACCAACCAGGAUUCUUUUCAUGGCUUUUCUUACUUGCAGGUGGAGAAGUUGCCAUCUCUGCCUCUGGGUUUAGCCUGUGAAGAUGCAGGCUUCUGCCAGUGUGGAUUGGGUUUUGGUACCCUGUACCCGAAAGAGGCCUGGCACAGGAUCUCAGGAGGAACACAUGAUGAUGUGAGCAAGGCACCCAAAGGUGGCAGUGUGCAGGGCAUUCACCCUCCAGGCUUCCUGGACGUGGGGCUGCAAGGAGCGGGCAUGUGGCAGGACCAGGUGGUGGAGACAGGGAGGUCUGAGGGCCCCUCGAAGGCCAUUACCCAGGACCAGGCAGGGCCUGAGGAUGCCCGGGAGGGCAGCACAUUCCUGGUGUGGAGGCCCCAGAGGGAGCCAAGACUGCUGGCUGGUGAAUUGGCCCAGAAGGAGGUCAUGCUGACCUUGAAGCCAGCAGGCCUGUGGGCUAGAAAUGAUGACAUCAUAGCAUCACCCAUGUUUCCAUGGCUAUGGCAGACAGGUGAGGUGGAGGCCAAGGACCAAGGUGCCCAACAGAGUGCCACGGUGGCCAACCCAGUACCCGGCGCCAACCCAGACCUGCUUCCUCACUUCCUGGUGGAGCCCGAGGAUGUAUACAUCGUCAAGAACAAGCCGGUGCUGCUGGUGUGCAAGGCCAUGCCUGCCACGCAGAUCUUCUUCAAGUGCAACGGGGAGUGGGUACGCCAGGUGGACCAUGUGAUAGAGCGCAGCACGGACGACAGCAGCGGGCUGCCCGCCAUGGAGGUCCGCAUCAAUGUCUCGAGGCAGCAGGUGGAAAAGGUGUUUGGGCUGGAGGAGUACUGGUGCCAGUGUGUGGCGUGGAGCUCCUCGGGCACCACCAAGAGUCAGAAGGCCUACAUCCGCAUUGCCUAUUUGCGCAAGAACUUCGAGCAGGAGCCGCUGGCCAAGGAGGUGUCCCUGGAGCAGGGCAUCGUGCUACCCUGCCGCCCACCAGAGGGCAUCCCCCCGGCUGAGGUGGAGUGGCUCCGGAACGAGGACCUGGUGGACCCGUCCCUGGACCCCAAUGUGUACAUCACAAGGGAGCACAGCCUGGUGGUGCGACAGGCCCGCCUGGCCGACACGGCCAACUACACCUGCGUGGCCAAGAACAUCGUAGCGCGUCGCCGCAGCGCCUCGGCUGCUGUCAUCGUCUACGUGAACGGUGGGUGGUCGACGUGGACCGAGUGGUCCGUCUGCAGCGCCAGCUGUGGGCGCGGCUGGCAGAAACGGAGCCGGAGCUGCACCAACCCGGCGCCUCUCAACGGGGGUGCCUUCUGUGAGGGGCAGAAUGUCCAGAAAACAGCCUGCGCCACCCUGUGCCCAGUCGAUGGCAGCUGGAGCCCGUGGAGCAAGUGGUCGGCCUGUGGGCUCGACUGCACCCACUGGCGGAGUCGUGAGUGUUCUGACCCAGCUCCCCGCAAUGGAGGUGAGGAGUGCCGGGGCGCUGACCUGGACACCCGAAAUUGUACCAGCGACCUCUGCGUGCACACUGCUUCCGGGCCCGAGGACGUGGCCCUCUACGUGGGCCUAAUUGCUGUGGCUGUGUGCCUCCUCCUGCUGCUGCUCGUCCUCAUCCUUGUUUAUUGCCGCAAGAAGGAAGGGCUAGACUCAGAUGUGGCUGACUCGUCCAUACUCACCUCAGGCUUCCAGCCUGUCAGCAUCAAGCCCAGCAAAGCAGACAAUCCCCACCUGCUCACCAUCCAGCCAGACCUCAGCACCACCACCACCACCUGCCAGGGCAGUCUGUGUCCCCGGCAGGACGGGCCAAGCCCUAAGUUCCAGCUCGCCAAUGGGCACCUGCUCAGCCCGCUGGGUGGUGGGCGCCACACGCUGCACCACAGCUCACCCACCUCUGAGGCCGAGGACUUCGUCUCCCGCCUCUCUACCCAGAACUACUUCCGCUCCCUGCCCCGCGGCACCAGCAACAUGACCUACGGGACCUUCAACUUCCUCGGGGGACGGCUGAUGAUCCCUAAUACAGGGAUCAGCCUCCUCAUCCCCCCAGAUGCCAUACCCCGAGGAAAGAUCUACGAGAUCUACCUCACGCUGCACAAGCCGGAGGACGUGAGGUUGCCCCUAGCUGGCUGCCAGACCCUGCUGAGUCCCAUCGUUAGCUGCGGGCCCCCUGGAGUCCUGCUCACCCGGCCCGUCAUCCUCGCCAUGGACCACUGUGGGGAGCCCUGCCCGGAGAGCUGGAGCCUGCGCCUCAAAAAGCAGUCCUGUGAGGGCAGCUGGGAGGAUGUGCUGCACCUGGGUGAGGAGGCACCCUCCCACCUCUACUACUGCCAGCUGGAGGCCGGCGCCUGCUAUGUCUUCACCGAGCAGCUGGGCCGCUUUGCCCUGGUGGGAGAGGCCCUCAGCGUGGCCGCAACCAAGCGCCUCAAGCUGCUCCUGUUUGCCCCCGUGGCCUGCACCUCCCUUGAAUACAACAUCCGAGUCUACUGCCUACAUGAUACCCACGACGCACUCAAGGAGGUGGUACAGCUGGAGAAGCAGCUGGGAGGACAGCUGAUCCAGGAACCUCGAGUCCUUCACUUCAAGGACAGUUACCACAACCUACGCUUGUCCAUCCACGAUGUGCCCAGCUCCCUGUGGAAGAGCAAGCUCCUCGUCAGCUACCAGGAGAUCCCCUUCUAUCACAUCUGGAAUGGCACGCAGCAGUACCUGCACUGCACCUUCACCUUGGAGCGCGUCAGCCCCAGCACCAGUGAUCUGGCCUGCAAGGUGUGGGUGUGGCAGGUGGAAGGCGAUGGGCAGAGCUUCAAUAUCAACUUCAACAUCACCAAGGACACGAGAUUUGCUGAGCUGCUGGCUCUGGAGAGUGAAGGGGGGGUCCCAGCCCUAGUGGGCCCCAGUGCCUUCAAGAUCCCCUUCCUCAUUCGGCAGAAGAUCAUUACCAGCCUUGACCCACCCUGUAGCCGUGGUGCCGACUGGCGGACUCUGGCGCAGAAACUCCACCUGGACAGCCAUCUCAGCUUCUUUGCCUCCAAGCCCAGCCCCACAGCCAUGAUCCUCAACCUGUGGGAGGCGCGGCACUUCCCCAACGGCAACCUCAGCCAGCUGGCUGCAGCAGUAGCCGGACUGGGCCAGCCAGACGCUGGCCUCUUCACGGUGUCAGAGGCGGAGUGCUGA